UAAUUAAUAACCGCCUCGAUCCUGUCGUUGAUCCCAGUCAUUCCGCUAACAUUUGCAAAAAGGACAGAUAAUGAAACAAGUUUGUGGCUGCCUUUUAGAAAUUGUUUGUAUUUCCAUAGAUAAUGAAUGGAUUAUGAACCCAAGCCUUUCGUUGAAUUUCAAUGUUACGUUUUGGCCUUGCUAAUCCACAAAUGGCUUGAAUUUGAUCAUGGAAAGCGGAAACAACAUUUUCAUUAAUUUUCUAGCUUUUUCUCUCGCAAACAAUUGCAAUUGCACUGGACAAAAUGUUGAACUGGUUGUUUACGGAUAAUUAACCAUCUUAAAUUUGACAAAAAUCUUUGCUCUUGAUCAACGAAACUUUUGUGCACAUACCAUUCAUCCUGAUUUUGAAUACCUAACCAAUUUGCCUAUCUUCAUGAUCAUGUAUACCAUAACCGCGAUUUACUUUAUCCUGGUUACUGGAACUGUUGUCGCUCAUAUUAGACUGACUUAUCCACCGGCAAGAAAACCAGAUUUUGAUUUUCUGGAGAAUUUUACCACACCGCCUCCUUGUGGCGUCCCAAGAGGCGUGUCGGGCCCGACUAGCAUUCAAAGCGGAAUGACCUUUGAUCUCACAUGGGCAGUUGAAUCGGCUCAUCCAGGCGGGAUUCGAGUAGAACUGAUUAGCGAAAUGUACGAUCGAACGCUGCCCCUCAUUCCAGCGUCCAGAUCCCAGAGUGAUUGGUUCGGAAAUGAUUCCAUUGCUACCGCUCUUCGACUUACCCUGCCACAAGAUUUUUUUUGCACGAACUGCGUACUGCGCUUACUGAAGCAAGAUCUGACCAUGUCGGCACCUGAUGGAAGUCCGCAUGUCUACUGGAGUUGUGCUGACAUAAAUAUUGUUCGCAAUGAUGUCGUAAGUUUCUGCUCUGGGCGCGGGCAGUGGGAUCCAAGAAUGGGUGAAUGUAUUUGUUCUCCUCGCUUUUCCGGGCCUGUUUGCCAGUACGAAGAUGAAUGCAGUCGAGAUGCCGAAUGUGGAAACGGACAAUGCGUGGACAUUCAAAGCAGUUCGUUUCCGUCAAAGCAAUGUUACUGCGCUAUAGGUUUUCAUGGCAGCGGAUGCAGAAUGCGUUCUUCUGUUACUGACCCGUCCACUUUUACUCCUCAAUCAUACCAAACGCAUCAGUUAACUGCUGGCAUGAAAUUCUUCUGGCGGGUCCUACCUGAUCUUGGCGAAAUAGAAAUGGUUCUCCAAUUUAAAAACCAAAAUUGGAUUGCCGUUGGCUGGAAACCAUACGGAAUUUCUUCUAGCUGCAAAAUGUUUCCAAACCUUCCAAGAGAACGUCGUCAAUCUCGAAAUAAUGAUGGUUCACUUCGAGUGCAAUACGUGGACUAUUUCGACAAUUCUUCGUUGUUUUUCCAGAGUCCACUGCACCCAAUGGCAUGCAGCGAUAUCGUGUGGGCAGCAAUCCGAGGAUCCUACAGUCGUAUCCGGGACAUGUACACUCGAGAUAUGAGCACGCCACGGGACGAUGCGUUUUUUAAUGGAGCUGACUCUCUAACCGCGGCGGUUGGGUCGGAAGAUGUGUCUGGAAUGGCAACGCUUAUCUUCCGGAAAAAGCUUCAGACGAAUGAACUAUCCGACCAAAGUAUCGGGAACGGCUGGACCACGUUAAUAUGGGCAGUCGGACAGGGAUUUGGAAUGCCCGGAGAUGAUCCACAGUGGCAAGUCAGCAGUGACAACGAAGCGCAGCGUAUAAGAAACUUCUACAGACGGGGCGAACUAAAGAGUCAUGGGCACUCAGCGGAGGCUCGAGGAACAGUGGACAUAAACUUUUACACCGGUCAAGUGCUAUCUAGCCGCUCGUUUCAAAACAGCAAUUCAAAUGCUCUGAUACAAGAAAACUUGGAUACUUACAAUAAUUCAUUACAAAAAACGGACGAAAUGGAUCCAAAUCAUGCAGGCAACAAAUUGGGCUUUACUUACUGCACUCACUUAUUAGUAUUGCUCGCUCUAAAUACUGUUGUUUACGCCUCGCUGUUUUGGAGGAAUUAAAAUAUUAAUGUGAAAACAGAUUAAAUCAUACGGCAUGAUCACAAGAGCGGAGCACAUUAGUACCAACCGGAAGUUGUAUAACUGUAAAAAUCGGCUACUUAGCGAGCUGGACAUU